UGCUGCAACCGUAGCCGUGGAGGCCAUUUGGCUUGAUAUCGAUUUCCAUCGUUUAUGACCUAACUUUCCGUUUUUUUUUUCAAUAUCAAAAUGAAGAAAUGAAAAAUAAAUGGAAAACUGUUUAUUUAUAAAUGUAAACUUGAAUUAGUAUAUACUGAUUUUCAUUAAAUAAAAUUGCCGAAUGCUUUUCUUAUUAAUUGGUAUAAACUCGUUGCCAAGAAGACAUAUUGAUGCAGUGAAUUACCUUAUCAGGUUAUCCAGAAAUGAAAUGAAUGCGUAUGAUAAUGAACAAAAUUAUCUAACAGGAUUUAUCGAUAAAACCAAGGAUUGACAUAUGGUACAACAAUAGUGAAUCCCGAUUAUUUUUCGCGAAACGAUGACAAAAUGAGCAAUCAGAAUUGAAUAAGAUGGGAUUCAAUUGUUACACUGUGAAUAAAUUCGACACAACCGAAGGAACACCCAAUAAAUGGUUCAAGCGAAGCAGUUAUGGAUUAUGGUACAUAAGGGAUAGUAGAAAUAUAUCUGGUUUGGUAGGAAUAUUUUUUUUCUUCAUGAUGAUGAUAAUAUUUUUUUCGCGCACACAAACAAAACACGAGGAAGACGUUUCUGCCGAAGAAGAAAUAAAUCCACUGAGAUCCACCAGAAAUUUUAAUGUUGGAGUAUCACAAAGAGAAUUUUGUUCAUAUGAACCUGAAGGAGUUACAUGUGACAAUGUGGAUUCUACCAUAAUGAAAGAAGUUCAAGAAGAAAUUAACAACAAUUUUGCAACUUAUAAGAUUAUGACUCCUUCACUAUCAUUCACCAACGUUAAAGAUCCUGUUGAAGUCAUACAUAAAGGAUGGCUGAGUGAAAUUACAGUGCCUUUAAAAUCACUAACCAUACAAAAUACGCCCUUGGAAGAAAUACAAUCGGCUUCAUUCACAGGACCACCGUUCCAGAAAUUAGAGUUCCUCUGUCUGGAGUACACUGGAACAGUAAGAUUCUAUAAAGAUAGUUUCGAUGGAUUGGAAAAACUUAUAAAUCUUUCAAUUCGAGGGCCAGAUUGUACUCUUCAAUCAGCUGAAGAAGAAACGUUAGUGGGAUUGAAUUCUAUGGCUACCUUACAGAUAACUAGCUGCAAUUUCAGUCCACAGGUUCUUAAAAAUUUGACUGGAGGCAAUAAAUCUCUUGAAACAAUGCAGAUAUUGGAUAUACAAAUGAAUGGUAUCGGAAAAUUAUUAGAUAACACUUUCUCGAGAUUUCCUAAUUUACAAUCACUCUACCUCACUGGAAGUACUAUAAAUGAAGGAAUAGAACCUGCAGCUUUCCAAAAUAUACAUCCUGGUCAAAUAUAUUUGGAAACAGCGAAACUGACAAAACUUCCAAAGGGAAUUUUCGUUAAUAUGCCCAAAGUCCGACUUUAUCUGUCGGGUAAUAAUUGGAAUUGCACAUGUGAUUUCCAAUGGUUUCAAAUGCUUUAUAAUUUGAACAAUAGUAUUGUAUUCGGAGGUAGUCCAUUAAAAUGCUAUCAUGAUAACCAAUAUCUGGAUAUGAGUGAUUUCCCCUUUUGCGAUUCAACCUCAACUACUUCAGCGGCUAUCAGUACGUUGUCACCAACAACCCAACAACCUUAUACAACUUCUUCAGUCAACCCAAUAACUCUGAACCCCGACGAUUAUGAUCCCAUAAAAUGCUUAGCAGCAAAUCGAUCCUCUCGAGUAGUUCGAACCACUUCAACUAACACACCAACUGUUAUUUAUCUAGGAAAAGAAUAUGUGAAAUUUUCUUUCGCGCAAUUAGGAGAUGAACCUAAAUAUUCAGUUACUAUAGAAAAAACUCUAGAAAAAGACUUUAUCCUAAUUUUUAUCGAUCAAACCGGUUGGAUUUUAUGUUUGACGGAUCUCCACAACAAUUUAACCGUUGAAACCCUGGAUUAUGGUCAUUCCUAUAUUGUAUGUCUACUGGAAUCAUUGCAAUAUGAAGUGUCUCCAAGAAACUGCCAGCCAUUAACCGUACCUAAAGAAUGGGCAAAGCAGAGCUGGAUAACUAACGAAUUGAAGCUUCCUGUCAUUAUUAGUGUUUGCAGUGGUCUCAUUGGCAUUCUAUUCAUAGCUCUCUGUUUGAUGUACAUAUACGUGAAAAGGAAUCCAAACCUGGUAUAUGGAAAAGAAAAUGUAAUAGUAGUCGAGAGGGAAAAUUCGAAAAAAGAUACUGACCAAGAACAGAAGUACUACCAACAACAUAAAUAUCCACCCUCGUUGAUAAGUUGGAGUGAUGGUUAUCUCACCCCAAAAAUAUAUGAGUCCGUUGAAGAAUUCUCCAUACCCUACAUAGAUCAGUAUCCAUCUGAUUAUCUCCAGAGGCCUAGGAUAUUUCCCCCGGUGAUAAGUGGAAGAUCCAAAGAUCUGGAGAAGGGAGCUGCUAGUGAAAUAUAUGAAUCAGUUAAUGUCUGUCCAUCCCCAUAUUACAUGAACGAUGAUUUCGCACACAGUACAUAUGAUUCAUUAUGAAAUUUUGUAUUUUGUUAUUCAUGAUUUCAAGUUGUUGAAAAUGAAUAUUAGUUAUGCUUCAAUAAAAGGGUUAUUUGUCGUAUCUACUGGUUCAAAUAUUCCUUCUUAUUUUGAAACCUAAGAAACAGUAUACAGUAAUUUGGAGAU